AUGACAUUUGAACAGCUCACCAAGGUUCUCCAGGAUGGCAUUGUCGAUGACGAGAUUGUGUUCCGGGCGUUCUGGCAACGUGAAGCGUUUGAACGACUACUGCGUGAUGAUGGCGACCACGACGACAUUGUUGAUGAAGAAGCCAGUGACGAGCGACAAGCAGCGUUGAAUGAUUUCUUUGAUGUCAGCGACUCGGAUGAACGUCGAAGACAAAUGCUGUUGGGAACGCCCAAAUAUCGAUUCUGCAUGUCCCUCGAAUUGUCACCACCAUCUAUUGAGAACGGCUGGAUCCGAGGAGACUGCGUCGCUUUCAAUGAUGACAGCAACGACAAACCAACACAAGAACAAGAGCAGACGAGUCGAGAUCACAAGCAUGUUAUCUGGCGAAAGAAGUUUUAUUCACAACCCGAGGCAAUAUGGGGUGCAACAUAUCGCGUUCAAAUCGAGGCACAAGUCAUUCCCCGGCAUUUAAUGGUUAUUCAAGAGCAUGAUGACGAGAAAAGAAAUAAUGGCGAAAACAGCACACCUUCACAGCUCGCUUCAAGUGAAGUAUCCAGGCAACCACGCAUUCGUUACACUAUCCAUUGCCUAAACCAACGGGAAGGCUUGAUCGAAAACCGACUUGUGGAUCCCGAAGACCGAGUGCUGGUAGCGGUGACUGACAUGAGUGAAGACGAAGACAAUACUCAUACGGGUUACGUUGGCCAAGUUUGGUUGGAUGGAUGCGAUUUCCGAGGGUCUAUCAAGGUGGAUGCUGUUGUUUGCUUGGAGGUGCAUGGAGCCUAG